UUUGCGAACAGUAAUCUAAUCUACGUCUACCCUUCUUAGCUUCCUCUUCUGCUUCUAAUGCCUCCUACUGGUUCUUUAUAUCUAGCAAUCUUCUAAUUUUUUCUAUUAAGUAGCAAUUUCCUAAACUGAUAGAAAGUAAUUAAAUAUUUCUUGUUUGAUAACAGUAAAAAUGAUGAUGAUCCUACCCGUUUUACAGUACUGUAAAAAUAACUAAGAUAGCAACUGCAUGAUAACAUUUUUAUCAGCAUUUACCAGCAUUAAACAGAGCGGAAGUAAGACAGUUAGAAACAGCAUUCGCAGAAUAACAGUGAAUUUAAAAUAUGAAUAAUUUUAAGAAACGUAAACGUUUAAUAUUUGUGAGUAUAGUUUUUGUUUAUUUGAUUUUCCUAUUUUUGAAUGAGCUCACAAUAAAAAAGUCGAUGCUGGUUGCUCCUCUGACGAACCUUACCGGUCCAUCGUUGAAGUAUAUUCUGUACUGGACUCCUUUCUUUGACCGGAAAGAUUUCUGUAUCGGCUUUGGAAGCGAGCCUUUCAAAAGUUGCGAAUAUAAAAAUUGUUUCUCCACUGAUAAUAGAUUCCUGAUUCCCGAAGAGUUAUUUGAUGCCAUUUUAUUCCAUGCGACCUACUCUAAACUUGAACACGGUACUCCUCGGAAAAGAAGAAAGCAACAGAAGUAUAUUUUCAUGAAUCUGGAAUCUCCAUUGCAUACGACGGACUUAAAACAAUACAAUUCCUUUUAUAACUGGACCAUGACAUACAGAUCAGAUUCAGACGUUUUCAGACCAUACAGUUAUAUUCUUCAAAAUGAAACGGAUUAUGUUCUUCCAAGCGUCGAUUCUGUUAUGAAGAGAGACAAAUUGGUGGCUUGGUUUGUAUCGAAUUGUAACUCGAAGAGUGGAAGAGAAAACUUUACAAGAGAACUACAAGAAUAUUUACCCGUCGACAUUUAUGGGGACUGUGGCCAAUAUAAAUGUGCUAAACAAGUAACUGACUAUAAACAAUCCAGCGAAGAGUGUUACGAAAUGAUAGAGAACAAUUACUUAUUUUAUCUCUCCCUUGAAAAUUCUUUAUGCAAAGACUACGUUACUGAGAAAAUGUACAAUGUGUUGAAAAGGAAUAUCGUUCCGGUCGUGUACGGUGGUGCAAAUUACACCCAAAUAGCUCCCCCUUAUUCUGUAAUAAACGUGAACGAUUUUGAUUCAGUUAAGGACUUGGCGAACUAUUUGAUUUAUUUAAGUAAAAAUAUUAACGAAUACAUGAAAUAUUUUGAAUGGAAAAGGAAUUAUUAUGUUGAAACUUCAAAUCAACUUAGUUCAUGUGAAUUGUGUAGAAAACUUAACGUGGAUCAAAGUGAUAAAGUUUAUGUUGACUUGAACGCGUGGUGGUGGGGUCCCGAAAAAAGGUACUGUAAGAAACCACCCUUAACAUUUUAUAAAGAACAUUAAAGGUAGUGCUACAUGAAUACAGUUAACAACAAAAGACCAAAUUUUUAUAUUAUCUUGUUAAAAGUUAAAGUCUGUUAUAUUGAUACUAAAGACAAGUCAAAUUUUGAUUAAAUACUCAAUACGUAUAAACGUUUUCUUUUUACCUUUCACCUAGACUGUAUAAAUUACAUUAAAAUUUAUAUUAUUUGCACAUUGUAGCAUGAAUGAACCAUUAUUUUGACUAAAAAUAUCAAACGUUCAGUAAUUAAAUUAAAUGUCACAAACUAAUUAUCUGCCACGCAGUUAUUUAUAUAUUUAAACGUUAUCAUUAAUGAAAACAAAAAAUUAUGUAAAACACCAUUUCACGUUUGUCGAUGUGCCAAAAUUUAAGUAUAUAUAGAUAACGAUUUAAACAGUCGUGUGCACAAAAUGAAAAAUUAGUCUCCUGCAUAUCUAAUCUGUCUAAGAUUAUCGCAGAAAUUAAUCGAGGGGGAAUAACUGCAUAAUCAAAUAAAAAGAAAACGAAGUUAAUUUCGUCAAUUCUGUAAUUGGCGAAAUUAACUUCGUUUUCUUUUUAUUUGGAUAUGAAUACAGACGAGAUUAACUUCUUAACACACAAAUAAGUGAAUAUUGUUUUAAUGAGCAUCAAAGUUAGCCAAUAUUGAUUUGGCUAAUUGAUUAAUUCUUAACCGAUUUUGAUGAUUGAGAAUUCAAUUCGUAAGAGAUUCUAAUAAUAAUAAAUAAAUUUUCCAGUUACUAUUAAAAUGCGUAACAAAGUUGUGAUUAAAAAUUGUAAAAAUUAAUGCGUUUCAGUGAGAAAUAUUGAAAUUAUAUCAAAAUAAAUGAGAUACUCGAAUUCAGAACGUUCGCGUUAGUUAGAAUUAAGUCUCACUUAGUUAAACUUAAAGAAAAAAAUUGCUCAACAUGAUGACGGAAUCCCAUGGAAUCGGAAAACAUACCGCUACUGGGGACACCCCUUCUACUCAGUUCUGCAAGAAGCUAAGACGACCAUUUCGAAGGGCAUAUUUACUUUGAGUGAUUUUUCAUCUUUGUUUAUAAAUCGUCUAUAAUAACAUUGUGAU